AGAUGGUCACACAUUGGUGAAGGGUUAAAUGGGCGUUUUCUAUGUUCCCGAAAAACAUCUGCAGGAGGCAGACACUGGGAACAUGUUAUGGUUGGCGUUCCCAUAAGGAGAACCAGGCCCCAUCCUAUUAACAUAUAAAGGACAGAGAACGUGUGACACCCAUUUACAGCACCGAGAAAAUGAAGCCUCUCAUCAGUGUGUCUCUACCUGUCGUAAUCCUGCUUUCCUAUGGAGUCCUUACUGCGGGAUCCAUAUUACCUGACCCGGAGGACACAGCAAAGGUGUCUUGUUCUGCUGAGAAGCUGGUGAGAUCCUCGGACAGUUUGUACAUAGGGAAUGGAGAUGCUCGGAGUGUUCUGCGCCUGGAAUUCAAGCUUUCUGAACUAACAAGUAAUCUCUCCUCGUUUGAUUUUCGGACCUUCGACCCAGAAGGCAUAAUCUUCUAUGGAGAUGUCGGAAGAGAUAAUUGGUUUGUACUUGGGGUCCGAGAACGUCGUCUAGAAGUACAGAUGAGUAAUGGAAAUGGGCAGAUGGUUCUCUCCAAGUGGGGGCCAGAUGUGAGCGAUGGAAAAUGGAGGAAGGUGACUGUGGACAGUACUAUCAACACUAUUGAUGUGAGAGUGAACGGAGAGAUUGUGGUGAUGUUGACUUAUCACGUGAACAAUGAACUGGUGCCUCAGAGCUACUCCACACUUAGCAUCAUCCUGGGUGACCUUCCUUCAGACCAUAAUCUGCAGCUUCUCAAGCCGCUGGUACCUGCAUUAGAUGGGUGUUUGCGUAACUGGGCCUGGGUGAAAAAGAAUACUGAAGCCCUAGACCGUGCAAUGGAGAUGGACGAGAACCGUCGUUGCUUCCAAAAUGAGGAACCUGGAGCUUUCUUUCCUGCUCGUGGAUUUGCUACAUUUAAACCAGCCGCAUUUCCAACAAAGGACAAAGAUUCCUGGAGUCUAAUCCUGCAGCUGGCCUUCCGAGUACUAGAGGAUGGUGGGGUCCUGCUGGGAUUGUCUGGAGCAAGGAAUGUUUUUGCAUUGACAAUAACUUUCGAUUUGGAGAAACAAGUUUUGGAAGUCUCCCUGCUGGGAAAAUUAGCACAUUCAUUAAAGUUCCCACCUGGUGUAUGUCUCAAAGACUGGCAUACUGUGAAUAUUGUAAUCCAGUCCAACCAAGUUGUCCUGACCACUACUGAGGCCUCAUCUUCAAUGGAUAUUGUGCCAGCGGACUUCAAGGCUUUGGAAGACAUAUGGCUGGACCCUGCUUCUGAAAUCUCUAUUGGAGGCACUUCGGAACAAGCUGAGCCUGGCGCACGUUUCUCAGGGUGUCUAAAGAUAAUUCUACAAGGAACGGCUGUUGAGGUGGACUCGGCCGAGUACAAGCACCCUCAUGUCCACAGUCACAGCUGUCCACUGGCAGUAUAGUGAAUCAUGGAAAAGUCUUCACUGGAGGCUGUGUGUUCUGAUAUGUGCGAUGUAUCAUUCUUCUACAUAAAUCUAAACCAUAUCCUCCAACCAGUUGGGAUUUCAGGAACUGUUUUUAGCCCCAAAUUUUCAAUCAGUUCUUUUGGAGUCCGGAAAAUAGAACAAAGUCUUGUUUAGGGGAACACAAAUACAAAAAGACCACUAUGGUGUAAAAUACAUAUAUCAUGGUACACGCACACUAGAUUGGCUUGCUUUGAUCUCUAGGCAGGAUCAUCUACAAUGUACACUACUGAGAGGUAUAUUUUCAUGUAUCAGUACAGAUGAACAAUGGGGUUUUACCUUCAGAUGGACGUCUACAUGAGAAAUAAAUCGUAUUUACACUUG